GAAAGAUGGCUCAAAUAAAACCUCUCAGUGCAGAACUUCAGAAGAUCGCUUGUGAUGAGUUGGAAGAGAUACCUUCAAGAAUACCAGAAGAUUUGGCAACACUUAAAUUAUGGAUACAACAACAACCACAUUUACAGGCACGCACUGAUGAUCAAUUCCUGAUACAAUUCUUAAGAGGCUGUAAAUACAGUUUGGAAAAAGCCAAGGCGAAAAUCGACCAUUUUCAUGCCAUGAAGACAAAAUAUCCACAGUUUUUUUCACCCACAAACGUUGAUGAUGUGAUAUUUCGUGAAUGCCAUAAUCUUGGAGUUCUUACUCCCCUGCCUAUACCGCUCAACGACAAUGGACCACGAAUUUUGUUCUAUCGCUUUAACUACCCGACAAAUAAAUUUAGUUUGGAAGAAAUAUUUCUGCCCAUAAAUGCAAUGCACGAAGUUCUAAUGAUCAGCGAUGCCUAUGCUGGUAUUCAUGGAAUAACUUAUUUGGUAGAUUUGGGUAAAGCCACAGCUAGUCAUUUCCUGCAUAUGAGUCCAGGAGCAAUAAAAAGGAUUAUGAAUUUUUAUGAAAAAUCCAGGCCAUUAAGAAUAAGAGGGAUAUGCUAUAUAAACGCUUCUUCGGUGGCAGAACAAUUUUUUAAAGCUGUAUUAUCAUGCCUCUCAGAGAAAUUACGUGAAAGGGUUGCCAUAUGCGGCAAAGACAUCAGCAAAAUAUACUCUCAUAUCCCUCAAAAAUAUUUGCCACAAGAUUAUGGAGGCUCAAAUGGAUGUUUGCAACAAUUAACUGCGGAUUACAAUAAAGUAUGGGACGAACAUCGGUUGUAUUUCAAGCAAAAUUCUGAAUUUGGCACUAAUGAGAGUCUACGUCCCGGUAAACCCUUAGAUUUUGAUGAUGUGCUUGGGAUUGGCGGUUCGUUUAGGAAAUUAAAUGUCGAUUGAAAGAAAACAAAGAAGAAAAAAACUCUAUAGUAAAUAAAAGAGAUUGUUAAGUAAAUCAAUCUUGAAAGC